AUGUUCAGAGGUGUAAUUUCACAAACCAAUAAAUCAAUUCUCAUUAGAAGUUUCUGUACCGGUGGUCCAGCAAAAUCAACCGCUGCCCCAACUGGCAACGUUUUACGUCUUGGUGAUGUUUGUCCAGAUUUCACUCAAGAUACCCAAAGUGGCAAGGUUAACUUUUAUAAGCAUUCAGGUGAUAACUGGAGUAUUCUUUUCAGUCAUCCAGCUGAUUACACCCCAGUUUGCACCACUGAAUUAGGUCGUGUUGCCAAAUUAUUACCAGAAUUCGAAAAAAGAAAAUGUAAAGUUUUAGCCCUUAGUGUUGAUUCAGCUAAAGAUCACUCAAAUUGGAUUUCUGAUAUUAAUGAAACCCAAAAAUGUGAUGUUACUUACCCAAUUAUUGCUGAUCAAGAUAGAAAAGUUGCAAACUUAUAUGGUAUGGUUCAUCCAAAUACUGAUAGCACUUUUACUGUUCGUUCAGUUUAUUUCAUUGCUCCAGAUAAGAAAUUAAGAGCUCAAAUUACCCUUCCACCAUCAACUGGUCGUAAUUUUGAUGAAAUCCUUAGAAUUUUAGAUUCAUUACAAUUGGCUGAUAAAUUUAAGAUUGCCACUCCAGUAGAUUGGGUUGAUGGUCAAGAUGUUAUUAUUCCACCAACUGUAUCAGAUGAAGCUGCCAAACAAAUGUUCCCAAAGGGUUUCAAAAAGAUUAAACCAUAUCUCAGAACCACCCCACAACCAAAUAAAUAA